UCCUCUUGUAAAAGAAAAGAUGAAUUUCGCCAAAAACAACAUGAAAACAUGGUAGCCAUGUUAGAAAAAGGUGAAAUUACGACCGGGAGAGGAUUGAAUCAAGAAAGUACUUUAGCACGACCGGGAGCUACUCGAUGGGGUUCACAUUUUACAACCAUUAUUCGUAUUCUAUCUUUGUGGUCUCCAACAAUCCAAGUGCUUGACAAUAUAUUUGAUGAUGGAAUUGAUUCGAAAUCAAGGGGCAAAGCUAGUAGUUUGGUUGAAAAAAUGGAGAGCUAUCAAUUUGUUUUUAUAGCCCACUUGAUGAAGAAGGUAUUGGGAUUGACGAAUAUGUUGUCACAUUUCUUGCAACAAAAAGAUCAGAACAUUCUUGAGGCUGUGAGCUUGAUUAAAAACACUAAAGAGAAGUUCCAAGAUUUGAGAGAAAGUGGAUGGGAAGAGCUAUUAGAAGAUGUCAGUAAAUUUUGUGUGAAGAAUAAAAUUGACAUUCUAAACAUGGAAGAUACAACUCAUCGUUCUAGACGCGUUCGCCAUCCGGUAACAAAUUAUCAUCACUUUCGAGCUGAUAUUUUUUAUCAGGUUAUAGACCAGGUCAAUCUGGAAAUGGAGAAUCGCUUUAGUGAGUCAAAUACAGAUUUACUCGCUUGUUUAGCUUGCCUCGAUCCUAAAGAUAAUUUUUCCAAUUUCUGUGAGUCAAAGCUACUCAGUCUUGCGGAGUUAUAUUCAUCUGAUUUUUCAGCUGUUGAGCAAAUGGAGCUUAAAGAACAACUCCAAGUUUGGAUAUAUGAGAUGAGAGGAAAUGAAGCAUUUUCCACUUUACAAAGUAUUGGUGAAGUGUCUAAGAAGAUGGUUGAGCUUACAAUUCACAAAUCUUUUCACUUGGUCUAUCGUCUUAUUGAGUUGGCUCUAGUGUUACCAGUUGCAACAGCCACAGUUGAAAGAGCUUUCUCAUCGAUGAAUAUUAUCAAGACAGAUCUUCGCAAUAAGAUGGGAGAUGACUAUCUUACGAAUUGCUUAGUAUGCUACAUCGAAAGAGACAUUUUUCAAGCAAUUGAUAAUGAAGCUAUUAUGAAGCAUUUUCAAAAUAUGAAAACUCGUAAGAUUGAUUUGCCUAGGUUGCAGAAGUAAAUCAAGUAGUAUGUAAUGAACUAUAAUUGUUUGUUAAAUUAUUACGCUAUUGUUGUUCUUAUUAUAUUUUGGACACGAACUUUAAAAUUUUUAGUUUUUGAUUUGCCCCUCCUUGGACAAACCUCUGGCUCCGCCACUGGCCACAUGGACUGAUCCUACUACACGUAUUGGAUUUAAUAUAAAAGUAUCACCAAAUCUUACAACUUUCAGUGUUCUACUUCCCAUUCUAAUGAUGUUGUUCUAAGGUUUGCACCUAUGAAGUUCAUGUAUUUAACUCCUGCCUUGCUAUAUUCAUCAUUGCCUC